ACAGGAGUACAGAAGGAAGAUUUUGGAAAAUAUCAGUGCAUUGCAAAUAACAGCAUUGGAAGAAGCCAAUCAGAGGUGGCUUUCCUAAACAAAGAUGUCCAAAAACCUGAGAUUGUUCAAGGUCCAAAGAACCAAAGUGCCUCGAUCGGUUCUAAUGCUACUUUUAGUUGCACUGCUAAGGGCUUCCCGAGGCCAACAAUCCAAUGGAUCAAGGAUAAUGUUUCAUAUCAUUUACAGGCUAAUCCCAGAGCAAGUGUUACUCUAGACGGGCCAACGAAUCGUAGUCAGCUGUUCAUAACCAGAGUAGAGAUGGAAGAUUAUGGCAAUUAUCAGUGUCUUGCAAAAAACAGCGUUGGAAGAAGCCACUCAGGAGAAGCUGUAUUAAGCAAAGCAACUACUACCCCCACACCUGUCACGGAAAGACAGCUGGAAGAUUCAGCAUCCCACACUACUAUAAUCGCUGUUUCAUGCGUUUUGAUAGCUGCACUUAUCUGUGUAGUCAUUGGGUUUCUGUGGAAUCGGUGUAAAAAUCGCGAUCACAUACAUGCCCAAUACACCCAAACCGUUGCGAUUCGUCUACGGUCGUUGACGAAUCGUCACACCGAAAGUCGAAUCUUGCGUGAAGAUACCGGAUUUUGAGCGGUGUGAGCAAUGAGUGAAAAUGAUUAGCAUGGUACGAAUAAAUGAAAACAUAAACUUCCCUCUUUCUUAAAGCGUGAAACGGCCGAAAGUCCGUUUUCAGAAUAUUAUAUUAGGUAUGGGUCGCACUUGUGCAAAGUCAACUUUGCCGGCAAAAAGACCACAGAAAAUUUGAAACCGCAACCGGAAGGCAAACUUUUGGUUUCAACUAUCAGGGUCGCACUAGGU